UGUUUGCUGUAAGGACAGUACGGAAUUUGAGCCAAAUCUGUUGUAUUGGCUACUUCAUCUUUUUUUAGUUAGUUCAUCAUCUCUAGUUACCAUGUCAGUACGUUCAGGCUACGUCUGAUACUGAGAGCCCACAUGCUGUACGUUCGUCGCAUUUUUGCUUCGUUGCGAUGAGACAAGGAGACCAUAUCCGCAAUGUUGGCACAGAAAACCGAAAAUGCUGCCAGUCCGUCGUGCUUGGAGAGAAGCGAAAUCGAACGUAUACAGAUCAUUACAGUGACGCCGGCAGCGAAGACAAAGCAAAUGUGGCGAGACGAGCAGAAUGGCAGAUCGGCGAUAUCUGGAUUACGGUUGCCUCCUGGUGCUCUGCAAGAAACUGUAAGGUAUCAGAGCGAAGGACCGCGGCCUCCUCUGGCUUACAUUCGGCCGCUCUGUGCCAGUGACGCUUGUCGUUCGAGGAGUGGUGCAACUCUUGAAAACAUAUUCGUUUCACAUGCACUGAACGUGACGUACAAGGAAAGUGAUCCGUGGAAUUUGUUGAUCUCGAAUGCCAAUCAAGGUGUUCCUGUCAUCAAGCAGUACUGGCAGAAAACAAACAUUUUUCCAGGAAUGCUUAAAUUGUGUCUGAAGGAACAAUUUUGUAAAGUUGUUCAGAAAACAAGGGAACUAUUUGUAAAUAUGUAUAACAAGACAUUGUUUGCUGUGGACUGUUUUAUUUGGCCUGAAGAUAAAGAGACAGUUUACAAAGUAUCUUCAUUGCAAUCUAAUAUACAGUGGCUUGUGCGACCAGCUGGCAGUUACAGGAACAGCUUGGCAACUGGAUUCAUUGUGGCAAAUGGAGCUAAGCUUAAUUAUUCCAUUUCAAAGUUGCUGGACAAGUUUACUCAAAAAGAGGACAUGAACUCUGCCAACAUAUUUCCUGUUACCCUUGUUCAGAUGUACAUUCAUCAACCCUUUUUGAUUAACUCAAGGAAACAUACAAUGCGACUGUAUCUUCUUAUAAAGUCUUUUGACCCACUGGAAAUGUACCUUUCUCACUAUGGAGAAGUGUUCUUUGCAGCUCAUCCUUUUCAGCAAGGAAAGGAGCAUCUGAAUGACACAUGCAUGCAGUUUGAUGUUACUUCAGUUACAGAUUGUUUGUCUGAAGAAACUGUCUCUCUGUAUUGGACAUUGCAGAAUUAUUGGUUUGUGCUUAAGAAGACAGGAAGAGGGAAAGACAGAGACAUCUUGUGGUCCAAAAUAAGAAGUGUUGCCACACAUGCAGGUCUCAUGGUAGCAUCUUCUGCUCUGUCAUUUUGGAGUAAAACGUAUGACCGGACAAAGCUUCCUGGGAAGGCAUACUGGGAAAGUGCAUAUUCAUUGUUGGCAUUAGAAAUUCAGAUUGAUGAAUCAAAGCAACCGUGGUUGGUGGGUAUUAACUGUGAUCCUGGAUUGGCCCAUCUUGGCUCUUAUCAAAGAAACUCACUUAAAGCAAAGCUUAUGAAGACUUUGGUUGAUGACUACUUGUCUCUAAAUGGGGACUUUGCAGACAAUUUCAAGUAUUUGACUGAUACUGAUGGUGUUUCAAACCAUUUACGUGUGUUCUGCCAACAAAGAGGCGGUUGCACUGCUAAAGAGAGUUACCAUGUGCUGUCAUAUGAAAAUGCACAUCGUGCGAAUGUUCGGUAUGAGGUGUUGUUUCCUCGACCAGCUAUGACUGGAUCUCAGCUACAGUUGUGGCGAUCUUUUCAAUCGUCCAAUUCUGUUCUUGUACAGUGGGCUCUUUACAAAAAGAUGCAUAACACACAGUAGAUUGGUUGUAGUAAGUACACUGUACAGAGUGCUUUAUAAAAUGGAAAUAAUAUUACAGACUUAGUUUAGAACUAUGAAAACUAGUUGCUUGCAGUGCAUCUUCUGAUUUCUGGUUGUGUGUUUCUAUUUUAUUUUUAUUUUUAUUUAUUUGGUUUGUUUUCACAACUAACAGUGUUUUGUGGCAAAUAUGAGAAAUAUUAUUGCCAUCAUGGCAGUUUUACUGCAAUCAAAUAUUUAAUAAGUAGUACAUAGUAGCAUACCAAUAUUUCUCUCUUGCAUGUUUCUUGGCCUUGCUGCA